CCCACCCCCCACCCCACCUACCCCACCCAAAGAAAUGGUCUCAAGAUGUGCAAUUGUCUGUGAAAUAUUACUAGCAAUCUUACUUCCUCCUCUUGGUGUUUGCCUCCGCCGUGGUUGCUGCACUUUGGAGUUUUUGAUUUGCUUGGUGUUGACCAUAUUGGGCUAUGUUCCUGGAAUUAUUUAUGCUCUAUAUAUAAUCAUCUUUGCCGAGACUGAAGCACCAAGUGAUCGUUAUGACACUCUUACUUGAUCCUUAUGUUUGUGGUUGUCUUGUUUUAGCUUGUAUUUUACUUAUUAUUUGGACAUGAACUAUGUAUGUAUAUUGUAUCCUAUGUCACUUGUUUUGAAUCAACUCUUGCAAUAUAAAUAUAUGUAAGUUUUCAGUGUUUUACA